AUGCGCAUCCACGCCACCGAAAUCGUGGCUGUCGUGGCUAUCACCACGGGGAUCCUGAGUGUAUCAGAUGCUUUCAGCUUCCCUACCACAGCCGUCGAUGUCGGCGACACCGUGUUUGCCCGAAUUCGCGACAUCGAUGAUAAGGUCGACUGUCUCUCGCUCAUUGAGCAUGUGGGUGGAUUUAUCAAGUCCAUCUUCAGCAAAGCCCACCCAUCAAUCCCUGUGCUGGACCGAACUCGCAAACUAUAUGAGAAGAACAAGUGGAUUGGAAUGAAUGGUCCUGACAAAGUUCGUCGUGCCGAAGCGGAGGAGCUUACAAAGGAAAGCAUGAUGAAGUUUCGCGAUCAAGGAGCUUCCCCUUCGCUAAAACACGUUGCAGACUUCGUUGAGAAAUCGCCUGGAAGCGGGUUCGUGGCCGCGUAUGCCGAAAGACUAAAACUGUCCAAACGUGAGCCGACCGCCACGUUCGGACGUACGAUACUUGAGCACUUACCUCACGUCUGGCUUAAGAAGGGACUCUCUGCCGACGGUGUCUUCCACGAAUUGCAGUUCGAAUUCGGACGUCUCGAUUUCAUCAAACUGACGUUGCUCGAAGAAUUCAUCAAGCUCUCCAACGCGGAAAGAUCUGGUGAUGAUACGCUGAUGAAGACGCUAUUGAAGUUCUAUGGCGACUACGACUUGCAUAACCUCCUGGCCAGCUAUGUGACGAAGAGUGGGACCAAGAAAACCGCAAACCAACGGCUUCGGGAGUUGCGAGCGGACUGGGCAGAACGCAGCAUCACCAUUGAUGAUGUGGAGAUGGGAUGA